CAUAGAUGUGCGGGGCAGAGCGGGCAGUAGCGGGCUCACACUGCGGGGAAAUGAACCACACUGCGGCUCCAACAGCGGCAACCAACGACGAGCCGGGAACAAACUUCUCCUUCUGCGCUCCUUCUCUGCUCUCGCUGCGGGACAUCAGGCACCGUCCGGGAUCAUGUUGUCGCUUCUUUAUCGCCUCUUUGGGUCGCAGCUGAGUGAAAGAGAAAGUCCACACUGGAUCUGAACCUGCGCACUUGUCUUCUUCUUUGAUCAAAUCUGCACACUUGAUGUCUGAAUAACUCCUAAAGCGACAUUUCUGGAUCCGUUUUCCCGCACAUUUUGGAUUUAGUGAUCCUGAAACAAGGAAUUAUGUUGAUUUUAUUUGUUAUCAGCCUGGGCGUGCUGUCAGAUGCAGGUCUGUCAGAGGUUUUUCGUGCAGGUGUGGCCCCUCGCUGCGAGAGCCGUGCCUGCAACCCGCGUAUGGGUAACCUAGCUCUGGGUCGCCGCGUCCUCACGCAGACCGUCUGUGGCAACAACGGCACCGAGCUCUACUGCUCCUACUCCGACCCCAAUGUCAACUUAGCCUGUGACGCUGCCAAGUGUGCCAAAUGCAACGCCGGCCUCCCUCACCUCUCCCACCUGGCUGGGGCGAUGUCCGACUCCUCCUUCCGGCACCCGAACACCUGGUGGCAGUCAGCGGAGGGGGUGGAGUCUGAGACAGCACAGCUGGACCUGGAGGCGGAGUUUUACUUCACACAUCUCAUCCUGGUGUUUCGCUCGCCGAGGCCGGCCGCCAUGACACUGGAGAGGUCGCAGGACUUUGGGAGAACGUGGAAGAUGUUGCAGUACUUUGCGAGUAACUGCAGCGCCUCCUUUGGGAUGGAGGAGGGAAAGGCAGGAGGGGGAAGGGAUGGGGCCACCUGCACGUCCAAAUACUCCGGGGCUUCACCCUGCAACCGUGGAGAGGUGAUCUACCGAACCCUUCCAAAGUGGGAGUCCUUGGACCCGUUCGGGUUGGAGGGCCAGCAGCAGCUGAGGGUGACCAACAUCAGAAUCCGACUGCUGAGGCGACAGCCGUGUCCCUGCCAGGCCAAAGACCCCUCCUCCGCACAUGAAGACCUUCCAACCAGACACUUUGCCAUAUAUGACCUGAUUGUGAAGGGAAGCUGCUUCUGUAACGGGCAUGCCGAGCAGUGUGUUCCUGCAAGGGGGUACCAGCCAAUCAGAGACCGGACCAACCAUGUAGUCCAUGGGAAGUGUGUUUGCAGACACAACACUGCAGGUGAUCACUGCGAGCAGUGCGCUCCUCUCUUCAACGACCGACCCUGGCAGCCUGCUGACGGACUGACGGGAGCUCCACACGAAUGUCGGAAGUGCAAGUGCAACGGACACGCCCAGAGCUGCCACUUUGAUUGGACGGCGUGGCGUGAGUCGGGUCAGCGUAGCGGAGGAGUUUGUGACUGUCUGCACAACACUGAGGGACGUCAGUGUGAGAAAUGCAAAGCCGAUUUCUACAGGGACCCCCAGCGACCACAGACCGCCCCAGACUCCUGUAAACCAUGCAGCUGUCACCCAUUGGGUUCGCUGCCCUUCCACGUGGCUGACGGCUCCCUCUGCGACCCGUCCAACGGAGACUGCAUCUGCAAACCUGGAGUAGGAGGGGCCCACUGUGACAGGUGCAUGGUGGGAUACUGGGGCUUCCACGAAUACGGCUGCCGUCCGUGUGACUGUGCAGGAGACUGUGAUCCAUUUACAGGAGAUUGUAUGUCUGGAUCUGACCUAGAAUUGUACAACUUAGAGGGCAACUCGAGUGAAACAGUGAGGAUCUUCAGAGCAGACGAGCUCUUCUCUGCCCUCCACUACUCAGAGAAGUGCGAGUGCAAAGAGCAAGCCUUGACCAACAGUAAACUCUUCUGCACCAUGAAUUAUGCAUACGUCCUGAAGGUGAAGGUGCUGUCAGCCCAUGAUAAAGGUUCCCACGCUGAGGUGGAGGUGAAAGUUCAGAAGGUGCUCAGCCAGAACACCAAGGUGAAGAUACAACGAGGUCGAGUCACCCUUUACCCCGAGUCCUGGACCGCACGGGGUUGCACCUGUCCCAUCCUGAACCCAGGGGUGGAGUAUCUUGUGGCGGGACAUUCAGACCGUAAACAGGGCCGCCUCCUGGUCAACAUGAAGAGCUUCGUCAAGCCCUGGAAAGCCAGCUUGGGUCGUAAAGUUCUCACGCUACUCAAGAAAGACUGCAACUGGUAGACAGAUCUUCAAAACACUGGGGGACAGAUGAACACAUGGACUGAAGAGACUGGUAUUUCAAGGAAAACAUGAUAUCUUGUCCUCCAAAGAGGCUUUGGGAGGCUGAAUUGAGAAGAUUGAAGCCCAUGUUUGAUACUUUCGCUGUCGUCCAAUAAGAGCUAGCGAUGGACUCUAUGGGAUCAAAGCACAUAAUUUUAUAAAAACUGAUUCUGUUCCUCUCUGCUGCACUUUAGCCUAAGAUGGACUGAGGGAAAACGGACAAACAAAGAGAGGAGGACUUAACACACCAGCUUGAAAUGACCCCUGACAUGGACUGUGGAUGGAGCAGGUCCAUUCACUCCACACACAUUCACACACACACACAGACAGCAGUUUGUGUGUGCGUGCCACAGACGUAAUGUGCAAAGCACCCAGAGUGACGCUGAACAAGCCAUACAAGCCACUACAGGUGGUUAAACCUUAGCCAGUCCAGGUGUGUCUGUGUUGAAAUCAGAGUGAAUGGGAUUUACCCCGAACGUGAAUGUAUUUGCUUGUUUUUCAAAUGUGUGUGUGGUUGUGUGUGUUUGAUAGAGAGUGGAUGAAUGCAGAGGUUUAUUACGAGCACAGUCCAGAUUCAGUCCGGCUCUUUCUGUAGGUCUCUGUAAACUUUCAAAACAACCGUUCCAAUAUUAUAACGCAGCGUAUUGUAUGUUGAUUCAUCUCAUAUUACAGUUAAAUCCAGAACAUUCUUGUUAUUCCUUCUUUUGUGCUCUUGUACAGUAUUAUUUGUAUAUAUCUAUAUAAAUAUAAUGUUCUUCUUUCUCCAUCUGUUUCUUUUGUUUUUCUGUGUGCAAGAUUGUUACAGUUUAGAUCAUAGCUUAACAGUGCGGGCCAUUAUUUUCGUCUGUUAUCAGGACCCAAACACCAACCUCAGGUCGGCAAAAACCCUAUAGUGACUGUAUGUCAUUUUUCUGCCUAAGAGUUGCUAAUUUGGGGACUUAAAUCUGCUCAAAAAUUCACCAAACUUUAUAAAAAAUUGUCCCCCAGUGAAAAUGUUUACAUUUUGGUGGAAUUGUGCAAGUCCAUCAAGCAGGGGCCCCACAGAGGUCCCAAAUGUGAGAUAGAGUACUGGGUAAGAGCUAUAUCCAUCAAAAUUGGUACACGUAUGUAUUAUGGUUAGACAAACAAAAAAGCCUCUUGGGGCCAUCCUCUAAAAUAUACAGGACCUGCACUACAAACAGCUAAAGGUCAAAUUUAAGCAUUUUUGGACAAUACACAAGUUUAAUAUUUUAGCAAACAAGUCAGAGGGAUUUCAUCCAGUUGACUCCAGAAUUUUUUUGCUCAUACUAGACAACCUGGAGAUCUAAAGUUAUACAAACUGA